GAGCUUGCACCUAUCAAAUCUCCCUCUGGUGAACAUGACAGAAGUGAAGGGGGAGGAAGAAGAAGCCGCUUUCAUCUCCUUACCUCCAUUUGCUGCCUAAAACCUCAGCCGUGACAUGAUGAAUCUUUGUGCGCGAGGCGUUGGGCGCCGCCGCCGCCGCCGCCGCCUGUCGGAGUUGGAGUUCUGCAUUCAUCGGGAGCAUUUAAAGCAGAAAGUUGUUUUGUGUUCGAAGGGUGCUGGAAGUGGUGGGCUCUCGGCAGGUUUUGUUGAAAUUUCUGCAGCGCCAUUUUGCGCUCUGACUAUUUUAGUUGUAGCAUCCUUUUGAAAUUGUUACGGAAAGCCCCGCGAGCUUUUCCGCACCCUCAUUUUGUCAUGCAGCAGUAACAAACUUUAAUGUAUUUUGUCGGGACUUUAGGUGGUAGACAAAUGUAAGGUAGCACAGAGUUGUGGAAAUGGAAGAAAAAUKAUUAAUCUGAAAAGCUUGCGGUUCGUUCAAAUGUUUUAACGGCUAAUAACCGAACAAUUGGCCAAUUGCAGCGUCGCGCUUUAUAAGUUGUCAACACAAGACUUUAAAUGAGACUUUUUUGGACUUUGCUGUAACUUUUUCAUAAGCGGCUUGUCCUUUCAAGAGAACCCGAGCCCACUGAUCUGAUUCCAGAUCUGAUUCUGUGUCGGUCACUGCAGCUGCGUUUCCAUUAACCAAACCGUUGCAUAAAUUGACAUUACGAAGAUAAAUCUGCUCAAGGGAAACACACCGAUUCACGUUUUUCAAAUAAAAAGCUUUUGCGUUGGGAUGAGGUGGUUGGAGGAUGAUGGCUUCAUUAAAAGUUGCGUGUCAUUCGAACGUGUUGAAUCCAUACCUCAGAAAUGUUCUCUUUUUUUUUUUUCUUCAACAUUGGCGGAUUAUCGACAAAGAUUUUGAGCAYAUUCGUUAACGGAAACGCAGCCGGUAUCCGUCUUCAAAGCUCCUUCCCGGACCCGUCCAGAGGCAAAAGUUCCCCUAAACGUCUGCCUCCCGGUGACUGAUUAUCAGGUGCUGCUGGCCUGUUUACCUCGCCGUGCGAUUUGUUCUCAUUUCUCAUAAAGCUAUCCUCAGCCAGCACCUGCGUCUCAUCGACGAAGACAGAUAGAGAGCUGGAAAAAGCUCAGCAGCAGGAUAUGAAAUAUGCUAAUGAACCGGUGUAAUAAAAAGCCAUCAUUACACAUGCAGGAGGAAAGAAAAUGGAAAACUUUGUAAGAGGGAGGGAGCGGGAGUGGAGGGGUGGYGCAUUUCCGACCUUGAUGUGAGACGAGCAUCCUUGCUGAAGGGCAGCAUUUUGGCUGGAAGAAACUGAGCUCCCAUCAAGAUAGUCCAGGCCGUGUUAAGACAUCAGUCAUAAUGAAAACAGAGCUGCUGCUUUACGGGCUACUCGCACAGUGCCUGGGUGGCUUUAAUAAGGCGUUUAGGCGAUGAGUUUCCACAAAACAGGCAGUCUACCAAACAAAAAAAGAAAGAAAAAAAAAACCCUCAGUAUGCAUCGCACUGCAGGGAAAUAUGCAAAUACAAAACAUUCCUAUUUAUUAAUCUGCACCUGCAGCGACAAAUACAACAUGUUUCAUCUCAAUAGGCAUUUAUUUCUUUUUUUCUUUCUUCUGAACAAUCUUUAUUUGAAAAUGCCAGAAACACUAGAUGCUGCAAUUCGCGUUGUGUUUAGAUUGUUGCACAGAGUGAUGAGACGGUAGGAUCGGCAGAUAGAAUUUAAAUCAAGUAGUUUCUUCUCACUAUAGUCCAUAUGUUUUCUGCUGGGUUGAUGUUUGGGUUUUUAGAGCAUAGAAUCGACCUCCACUGAUUUACGUUUGGCAUCAUUGCUCUACUGGAAAACCCAUUUGUGUCCAAAUUUCAACUAUCUGUACUCAAACUGUGACUUUGUGAUCAAAGGAAAUUAGCUUCAGUGUUCAGGAACAACACAAGAGCAACCAAAGCAUUUCUUGUCAUAAACUGUUGAAACACAAGCGUAACUGUCCACAGUGAGUUGCACAUUGAUUUUUACGCAAAUAAAAGCAAAGUAAAAGCCCCUUUCUUAAAACUGACACCUUUUACAAUUGCAGACUGUUUAAAAGCCAAGUAUUUGACUAGAAGCCAACCACUUUAAAUGUAAUUCUGCCUGGAAGACAGCUUGAGAGUUGCGCCAGAAGCUCAUAUCCAAUUGCUAUAAAAGAGAAGACGAGUUGCAACUUGCAAAGAGAUAUUUAAUGACAUUUUUUUUACAGGACUGUGAUCAAGGUUUUGUGACAGUGACUUUGAAGAUUGUAUCAGCUUAUGAGUCUGCUCUAAACGAGUCAAACGCUUAGGUCUCGAUCUCAUUGAGAUUCUUUGUUGUGAAUUGAAAUAUGUUCGUGAAUUAUGGCGUCCCAACUUUUUUCUGAUCAGUCCAAGUCGGUCCACAUGUCACAAGUGCCAAUCGUCGUCAUCUGACUCUUCCGACACCGAGAUGGAAUCUGGUUCCUCGUUUCUCACGACCCCGAUGCUUUUUUCACUGAAACGUGUUGCUCCUGCCGUAGAGAGCAAUUUGAUUUGGAAAGCAGUUCCCAGCAGACGAGAUACGGAGGGAGCGAUUUACAAGUGAUUUACAAGACUAACAACAAUCAUCGUGCGGUGAUAAAACAUUUAAUCAGGAGUUGAGGUAAGGCCAUCCCAGUGGUUGGAGACCUGGAGCCACGAUGGCAGCUGCCCGCAAAGCUGCUUGCUGCGUUUCCUUCCUAAUGUGGAUCCUGGCUGAUUUUACAGCUGAAUCCCUGGAGAACGUGGCACCAGAGGGAAUAGCAUCUCAGUCAUCCACUGCUUUCCUUGGUGUUGCCUCAAGGGCAGUCGAUGGAAACAGAGACCCAGAGUACAGUCACGAAUCCUGCACUCAUACAGUGGGGGGACCGAACCCGUGGUGGAGUCUGUUGUUGCCAGUCGUGUACCGGGUCACGACCGUCAGCAUCACCAACAGGAACGUGGCGAGCGAGAGGAUAAAUAAUGCCGAGAUCCUCAUUGGGAAUUUCCUAGAGAACAAUGGCAACAGCAACCCCAGAUGUGCUGUCAUUUCCUCCAUCCCCAGUGGGGGAACCAAAACCUUUAACUGCACAGGAAUGACGGGUCGGAUGUUGACCGUGAAGAUCAGCACCUCAUUCGGCAUUCUGACAAUGUGUGAGCUUGAAGUGUAUGGAGAACUGGCUGCUCCCUCGCCGUCCUUCAGCGCAGUGGUGAUGGGACGGAGAGUAGCCGUUGUGCAGAAGAAGCUGUGCUGGUCAGACGCCUUGUUGUACUGCAGGGAACACUACUGGGACCUCCUCAGCGUUCGCAGCGAGCAGGAGCAGAGAGGGUUGGAGGAGGUGUUGAGAAACUCAACCUUCCUGACAAACGACCCCUCCGUUUCUUCCAGACAUGUGUGGCUGGGACUGCGCAGGCGUCUGAUGGGGAGCUCGUGGUUUUGGAUGUCUGGUGCUUCCAUGAGCUACAUUUACUGGAAAGAGCAACACACCUGGCAGGUCACAAGUCCCUGCGGUGGCGUGGACGCCGACGACUCGUUCUACUGGAGAAAUUUUCCGUGUGGAGAUCACCUCUAUUUCGUCUGCCUGAAAGAAUUUGAGGAAAACGGGAGCCGUGUGGAAUUCUACAGUUUCACCGGACAGUAAACGUUCCCGGGAAGACAAACUCUGGUUUCACUCACUUCGCUCAGUAGCGUGUGGUCUUUUCAGGACUUAGAAGUUUUGAAAUUAUACCACAAAACACAGUAAAUUGGUGUGCUUUGCUCUUUUUAGGUGUGAGAAGUGGUAGACAAACUUCAAACUGUUGAGUUGCAAACUUCUAACAAAGUACUACAUUGUCUCUGUCUGAUAUUAAAAUAAAUAAUUCCUACAAUCUACA